CCUCCCAGGGUUGCAAUGGCAGUAGUAGUCCUGCUGCUUCAUCUUGUGUUGGUUAAAGUUAAAACGGUGUAGCAAAACGAAGAAUCUGUGCCGUUAGUAUGUAUUUUUGAUGACGCCUUACUAAUGUGAGACACUUAAGUUACUCCAUUUAAAAAAUGUCCCAGGGAUGUACAAUAUCUGUGGAAGAGAUCCAGUCCUGGUGGGAAGUCCCCGCCAUAGCUCACUUCUGCUCGCUUUUUAGGACAGCAUUCAACUUGCCAGACUUUGAAAUUGAGGAGUUGGAGCAGGCUGUGUUGAAGCAGGAUGCAGACUUCUUGGCAGAUCUUGUUUGUUGUCUUCUACAGGGAUGUUACCAACGCACAGACAUUACGCCUCAAGGCUUCAGCAGUUACCUGGACGACAUCAUCAGCUACCGGUGGGAGCUGGAGGAGGGUAAACCCAACCCCCUGCGGCAGGGUCCCUUUGAGCAGCUGGCCCCCCGCACACAGGUGGAACUGCUGCAUCGACUGUGUGAUUAUCGUUUGGAUGCUGCUGACGUUUUUGAUCUUCUCAAGGGUUUGGAUGCAGACAGUUUGCGCGUGGAGCCACUUGGAGAGGAUGGAAGCGGUGCUAUGUACUGGUAUUUCUAUGGCACUCGCAUGUAUAAGGAGGAACCAGUACAGAUCAAAACAGUUGGAGCCUGUGAAAUGUCUGUGGCGAAAGAACCUGAGAAAAGGAAAAGGGGAAGGCCACCAAAGAAGAGGAAUCUUGAGGAGAAACUACUGAGUAGGACUGAUGCCAUGAUGGAUGAAAGCAAGAAUCUACACACUGGGUCAACCUGUGGUUCAGAACGUGAGCAUGGAGCCUGGUCCCUGGUUUGUGAUACAGAAGAACAGUGGGUCAAACUUGCUGACAGCAUCAAAGACAAGCAAUCACCUCAAGACCGUCAUUUGUACCGCAUCAUCACUCAGAACUUCAUCCCAGAAAUUGGCAGUAUGGUUGAGCACAAAGAGAAGGAGCAGAAACAGAAGUUAAUGGACAGCUACCACAAACUCUCUGAGAAAAAUGUUUUCAAGGAGGAGAUAAUAAAGGCAAAAUCUGAGGUAAAACAGCAGAAAGAAGAGGAGGCAGACCGACAACUGCUGCUGGAGAGGCUGCUGCAGGAACAACGUCAGCAAGAGGAGCUGGAGAGGGAGAAAGCUGUGGAGGAGCGUGCACGCCGAAGGAAGCUUCGGGAGGAGAAGGCUUGGCUGCUUUCCCAAGGGAAGCCCCUACCCCCUGAGCUGUUGAACCUUGAGCCACAUUCACCGAUCAAUCACAAGACCAAAGAGUUCUACGAAAUUGAUGAUGAUUAUGCAGCACUGUAUCAAGUCCUGGAGGUGCUGAAAGCCCAUAAAGAUGCUUGGCCAUUCCUGGAACCUGUUGAUGAGUCCUAUGCUCCCAACUAUAAUGAGAUCAUCAAGAUGCCAAUGGACUUGUCAACAAUUGAGAGGAAGUUGAAUGAUGGUGAAUAUGUUGUCAAGGAUGAGUUUGUGAAAGACGUGAAGGUCAUUUUUGAGAACUGCCUUGAAUACAAUGGAGAGGAUAGUGAAUAUACAUUCAUGGCUGAGUCCCUGGAACGUUGUUUCAGUAGAGCACUGCAGAAGCACUGCCCUCCCGAGGAUUGUGAUACGGAUGAAGAAUUUCAUGUGAGCGCUGAAGACAAAGAUCGAAAGGAAAGAAAACGAAGCAAGGGACAACGGCAGGCAGGCCCAGAGGGUCUGAUCAGAGCCACUGAACUGGCCCAUAGACGUAAAGCAUUCCCCAGUGGCAAGAGUACAAGUAAUGAGAAAAGAUGCAAAACAGCAGCCAUGCCACCAUCCCUAAUGAAAAGUGAACCAACGACUUCACCAAAUGCUGGCCUAAAUCAGAUGAAGCCUAGCACUGAUAUUCAACCUAAUCUUUACCUUCCAACAAAACAGCAGCUCCAUCAUCCAGCGGAUCCAUCUGGACCUCGAAUGUUAACUCAGCUGAUGUUAGUCCACGGCCAAAAUCCAGUGAUGUCUAUGGAAUCACGUUCACAAUGUAUGCCACACAAUUACAACAUACAGGUUACUUAUGGAGAGGGACCCUAUACAGGCCCAAGGUACCCAAUGACUGAGACUAGACCUUUUCCACCGCAUCACCAGAAGCAACAUGGCUACAUGGGUCCUAUGCAUGGCCCUUCGUUGGGCCCCAGACCAGUAGCCCUACAAUCUGGAGGCCUGUGCACACCGCCAUCAGAGGGCAGCAUGUACCCAUCUAACCAGCGUCCUGAUGGGGGUCAGAUGUUCUACCGAGGUGUCAACAGACACUCAGGCCUGGAUGUUCCCCCUCAACAUAGUUCCUGUCCUCCUGGUCAGCCACCUAACAGCUGGUCGGGGAUGAACAAUCAUUUUCAGCCCAGACAAAGCGGACCCAUGAUGAUGGAGCAAAAUCGCAAACAGAGAAACCCAUUUAACCUAGGUGUGGUUCAUCCCUUACCACCAAAAUCUUGGCCAGAGCAACCAGUGGAUUGCACUCCACACAACAAUCAGAACAAGAUUCCAAGUGUUGUUGGCUCCCUUCCUCCCAUCUCUCAGCGGCCAAUGAUGCCUCCAAACUCUAAGCCUCACUUGGCUUCUAUGCUUGACAGUCCAGAAAUGCUCGCCUUGCAACAGUUGACUGCAUCUUCUCAAGCUUGUUCUGGCCGACCCAUCGCCACCUUUCCGGUGUUUCCUCAGGGCAGCGGUCCACUAUACUUUCCUCAGAAGGCCCCACCAGAUGUCCAGCCUCUAUGUCCUGUCACUGACAGCCACAGCAUCCACAACAAAGAAAUGGGUGAAGACUGUAAGUUAAGUUUAUCACCAUCAAAAACACUCUUGUCAGCUAAGCCAAAGUCUGCAAGUGCUCAAGCAAGAGAUCCACUGAAAACUAAAUCUGGAAUUUCUCAUGAAAAAUCUUUUGACCAAGGCUCAGUCUCAGAGAAAGGGAGUCAUGUACCUGCCAUUGAUCUGUGCAAACAGGAGAGAAACCACGGUGUCCCACAAUAUCAUGGUCAAGUAUCUCAGACUUCUCCCCAACAAACAGUUCUGGACGAACCUAGUCAACUUACCCAAACUCUUCUGCCACGUAAUUCUCAGAAUUCAGUUCAUCAUAACCCAGCCUUACAGAAUUCUUCAAAUGGUGCUCCGCAUGCUCCCGACAAUGCAGCGCCCACUACAUCACAACAGAGAUCACUUGAUGAGUCCUCACACUCUCCCCGGAAUGUCUCUUCACUUACGCCACAGAUGUUCUCGCCACACACCUCACUGGAAGGACAAGCUCCCCAGGCAGUGCCUCAACAAGUCUCUGGUGCACUAAAGGUAUCAGAAGGGCAGAAUAUACCUCUGUUUAUGACUCAGAACUCCCACUUGGAGAGCUUUCAAAAAACACAUCAUUACGCUCCCCUUAGUCCCUCUCAAAUCGCUCAGAGCUCUGCUGCGAACAUCCCAAGUGAUGUAAAAGUGCACAUACAGGACAGACAGAGCAAUCUAAAACCUGAGCCGCCAGAUCCUCCAAAGACCGUUCCAUUUACUUCUCUACCUGUCAGUUCCACUGGGUCCCAGAUUGAUACUCGGAGUUCUGUAGCUGGCAGUGGAUCUCAUACACACAGUGAGACCCAAAAACAGAAAGUCUCGGUGAGGAUCUUGGAAUCUCAAGAUAACAGUAACUCAGACAUGAUUAGGUCUAUACCUACUAAUGGUCCUCUUAAGCCAAGUGCAAAAUCACAAUUACAAGUGGAAGACCAGUCCCUGGGAAUUUUUCAGGUGGCAGGUGCUACUCAUAGCCAAGUUAUACCGCCAUCUCACCAUGGCCAAAAGAAUGACACCACAGCCCAUUACAACCAUAGCAGUCAAGUAAAUCAGCUCUACAUGCAGUCUCCAAAUGGCCAACCUCCAAGUCAGAACACAUCCCAAAAUGUUCAUAUCCACCCCAGUGCUGCUCGGUACCCAUCCUAUCAGCAUCAUGUCCCAUAUUCCUAUCACAUAGCAGGUAAGCCUCCUGAGGGACGGCCGGAUGUAUUUCCACAGUAUCAGCAACAGUACUACUAUCCUCAGCAACAAGGCAACAGAAGUAGCUUUCUGACUGAAGAAUGGCACAGAACCCACUACUCUGGCCCUGGUAAUGCAUACCCACCUGCUAGUGUCAAUGGCCAUCUCAAAGAGAGCAGCAUUUCUCAGAUGAGCUCAGACGGCACAGGUGGCAGCUUGAUUUCCAGAAAGCCUGAUAAUGGCCCUGUAGAGGCAGCUAAGGAGGCAGUCAGUUCAGUGAAGCCUGCCCAGCUUGAAGAAAGCCUUGAUCGAGCGGAGAGCCCAAAGGAGAUUUUAGAUUUGGACAGCCACAGACUUGCACCACACAGUCGUCCCACUUACCCACAGCAUUCAGCUAAUCUCAUGUAUGAUCCUCAGACAAUGCAAAGUGGGAUGCAGCAAGAUGGCCGUGCUCAUCCAAUGCACAUGAUGAACAGAGUCCCGUUUCCUUCUCAGAAUUAUGCCAGAGCACACUAUAGCCCUCAACAACCAAACUCUCGCUUCAUGGACGCUUUGCAGCAUCCCCAGCGGCUUCCAUUUCCACUUGGCCAAACACACAUCUCCGUCUCUAGACGUCCCCAAUUAGCUCCCCAUUUCCAAGGGAGAAUGCCACUACAGAGGGGCUUGCCACCUGAACAUUUCUUUCAUCCCAGGUGAUGGGACUAAUCGGAUUUAUAUAUUUAAAAUAGCAAUUGUUUGUUAUGGUCUGUAUUCAUAAUGGAAUAGAAACAAGAGGGCUUUUGCAUUUGUCUUUUAUACCCUACAGACAGCAGGAAAGAUAAACUAAAACAAUAUACCUUCACUUCAUUUUUUUAAACUAGCUAUAAAUACACCAUUUUUGUAUUGUGACUAAAAUCAUCUCAUCUCCUCCUCGCGGUUAUAAUAAUGAUGUAAAUGUAGCUCAACUGUUUCAUUUCCAAUAGCUGUUUGGGGUUUAGAGGAUCUUUUUGUCUGUUAACAGAAGGCUUUUGAUGAGCCAGGAGUGCUUUUUAAUGACUAUCACGUGAUUGAUUCUCUAGCCUUCAGUAUUUCAUCACUUUAACUGGAAAUGGUUGAUAGUUCACCAGCAAACACUGAAUGCUUAUGAGAAAUUGCAUGGUUAUUUUUUGUAUAUAAUCAAACUCAGGUGUGACAAACUAAGGAUAACUGAAAGGAUUAUUUUAGACAGGCAUCGGAUCAUCCCUCUGGAUCUUUGAGUGUGUGCAGGACAUGUGUUUGCUGCCAUUUUGAAUGUAUUUAUGAAUUAUUAGAUGUAAAUGUAUGCCACCAGGGGCAUAGGUGGAAGGAAAACACCUGUUUAACAGGAAACUUUUUAUGGGGUUUAGGGUUGCUUUCUUACUAUGCAUUGAUAAUAGUUGCCUUCAUUUAAACAUUUCAACAGUUUUAUUUUCAAUUAUAUGCUUUUGUAUAUCAUGUUACAUUAAUUGAAGAGGUUUUACUUUCUGGUAGCCUUGAUGUUAAUGGCUGUGAUCGGCGUGUAAAUAUUAAAGCAAAAAACUCCUUGAAAUGUUUAUCAAACUGUAGGGCUCUAUCAUGUCAGCUUAUGUACCCAAUCAAUAUUUCCAGAUAGACAAAAGGAGACGGCAUCAAAUUGUGUCUGGCAAGGUUUGUCUUAAAGGGACACUUCACUGAUUAGCAUUAAGCUUUGUAUCUUUAGAAAACCAGUCAUGUUUUUGAAUGGUCAUGCAUCAUUCCCUCAGUUUGCCUUGAGAUGGGAGAAAUACGGAUUUCAAUGUUGGACUUCCUGCUUUCAAUGAUGUAAAAUUAUGAUUUUUACAUCAUUGAAAGCAGGAAGUCCUAUUCAUGGGUUUCAUUGAAAUCAGUAUUUCUCCCAUCUCAAGGCAAGGGAAUGAUGCACGACCAUUCAAAAACGACUGGUUUUCUAAAGAUACAAAGCUUAAUGCUAAUUGGUGAGGUGUCCCUUUAAUAAUGUCAUCACAGUGACCUGGAUAGUUUGAUUAGUAGCUCUGUACUGUUGAUAUAUAUUCUGGAUUGCUAUUCAGUAGUGCCCUUUCAAAUGUGAAUUAUGGGCUAUGUUUUGGGAAUGCUGAUGAAAUGUGCAUUGUGAGAAAUUAGUCUGUGUACUAACUUUAGUUUGAUGGUGUAAAUAAUAUUGCUCAUUACUUUAAGGUUUUUUUUAUUUUUUAAUUCAAUGUACUGAAGUUCUCAGGGUGUUUUGAAUACGGGUAUUUUUUUUGUUUUUGUUGUUUUUAAACAUUGUUUUCGAAAUCUGACGUCUGAAACUGUGAUUUUAUUAUGGUAACCUCACCUUAUGAGCCUGUGAAAGAACACUUUUAAUUCAGGUUUCCACUGUACACAAGUAACAUAUUCAUGACUUUUGUGGCCCAUAAAGUUUUAAACAUUUUGGUCUUUUUGGCCAUUUGCGCAAGUAGCAUACCUACACGAGUAGCAAAUCUACCUCACACUACCAAAACACACUACAUAGUUUUCCCACUGUUCAGUUGUAUCUGCCAAUUUUGCAUUAUGCCUUACAUUGAGUCAGAUUCUACACAGGCCUAUGGUUUGGCUUUAGCAUAGUGCCAGGUUGGCUAAAGUUAAUCUUUUGGCGAAUAGAGAAUAUAUAAAGGGGAAUGUACUGAAUUUCCUAAAUAUAGGAUGAAAACUUAUGAAUUUUCUUCUCGCCUUAGUCACUGAAUAAUAGGGAGACAUCGUUGUGAGUACACUUUUACUCAUUUUAGACGGCUGCAUACUUUUUGUCUUCAUUUUAGCUUUGCUCUUUAGAUCCCACACCUUACAGAUAAUAUUGGGAAAUGUUUCUCCCUGACUAUUAAAAAAUCUAGCAUUUAGUACACAUUAUUUGCUUUUAUUUUCUUUGCAGACAACUUUGUAGAAAUAUGGAAAUAUACACAAUUGUCCCAAUUAUUGCUUUAGGUACAACAUGCUUCAGAAUACUGAAUUCAUUUCUGCUGUUAUGAAAUACUGUUUAUAUUACUGUUCUGUUUGAGGGUGUGAUAGAUUCUCUUUCCAAUGUUUUAGUUUUACUUGUAUGUUUGACACACUAGAAAUUGUGUAGUGUGUGUAUGAGUGCAUAUCAGUUCAAUUUCUCUGCUGCACUAGUAAAAAAAAACUAGAUUUUUAAUGUGAAACAUAUUUAUUUUCUCUUCUGUACAUUUGACUUUUAUAUGUAUGAGGUUUUACCCAUUGAUACCGAUUUUUGUAGAGCGAAGUCAAGGUGCAUCUAAAGAAACCUGUUUUUUUGUUCAUUUUACUUUAAAGUUUACAAGUCCUUAGUUCACUGACAGUCUUUUGUAAAUCAGAUGAAGUAUAUUCUGUUAUGUUGUGUACUUUCUUAGAAUAAAUAACCUUUCCUUAA